AUGAUAGAAACUCUUCGGAAUGAAGUAGCAAAGGAUGCCCUGGAUAUUCUCCAAGCUCACUUUGUAGGUUUCUGGAUUAUGUCACUAUCUAUGAUAAUGAGGAACAGCAUCAAAGCAUUACAUUCUGGAGCAGAGACUUGGCUCAUUUAUUUUAUGCAUGGUGAUGAUGUUGUUGAAAACCUGUACUGGCCUGAAAAGUUGGAGAAUGGCUUUGGCAGCGCUUCUGCAAAGCAUUUGCAUGUUAGCAUGAUGGAUAUUGAUCAGGAGCACGAUAGGACUGCAAAAAGAAUGUGCAAGAUUAAGGCUCCUUCUAAGAUGGCAAAGCUCACAGAAUUUCCAUCCCUGCAAGAAAGCAUUCAACUGCAUUGUGACAGGCCCAAUGAGAAUUACCUUGCCAAACCUGUUGUUCUCUACAAUCCCAUAUUUAAUCAGUUUCUUGUUGAAUGUGUGAAUGCCAGUGUGACUGAUUAG